AUGCAGACGGAACGGUCAAACUUCAAGAGAUUACGUUUUAAGAAUCCGAACGUGAAACUUAUGUUGGCGAUAGGUGGGUGGGACGAAGGCAGUGUAACAUACUCUAACGUGGCUUCAUCGUCUCUUAAGCGUGCUGUAUUUGUAACAAGUGUGUACGAACUUUUGAAUCUAUACGGCUUCGAUGGACUUGAUUUUAAUUGGCAGGCUCCUGGCUUAAGAGGUGGUUUAUAUCAGCAAGACAAAAUAAAUUUCGCGAUUUUGUUAAGAGAAUUGAAAGAGAAAUUUGCUGGAGCUAAGCUUUUAACUGCGACUGUUGGUGCAGCGCAGGAAUAUCUGGAUCUAUCAUAUGAUGCUGUUCAAAUGAAUGAGUUAGUCCAAAAAAUUUCAAUUUUAUUCAGAAAAAUCGAUUCCAUUUGCUACUAUUCACACGACUUAAUAAAUCUUUAUACCUACGAAUACAACGGUGCAUAUGAUCCAGUUACUGGUCGAUUUCCGCCAGCAAUCACUGGUCUAAAUGCUCCGUUAUACGCUGCCACAUUCGAUGUGAACAAACAAUUGAAUCAAAAUGCAUCGGUGAAUGCAUGGAUCAAUGCUGGCGUCAGUCCCAACAAACUUUUGCUAGGAAUUCCGUUUUUUGGCCGAAAAUAUAAUUUAACUACACAAAAUAAUUCUCGUAAGGUUCCGUAUUUUUACGAUGAUUAUGAAUGGAUUAGUUAUGACGAUGCGCGCUCAGUACAGAUAAAGGCAGAGUACGCCGUAAGUCAGAACCUGGCUGGUGUAAUGGUGUGGUCUAUUGAGGAUGAUGAUAAUAAAAAUGUUUGUGGAGGAGGCGCAUACCCGUUGCUGAGUACUAUCUACAAAGUUUUGUCACCGAUGAAAUAAUUUUAAAUUCAUUUCUCCAGCGUCUUGAUGAAAGAGUCGAGAGAAAAAUAUUUUUUUGCAAAUU